UAUGGAGCCAUGGAUCUGGAUAUCCUGAAACAGCAAGCAUCCUUCCUCUUUCUCAGGAUCGUCAUUCGAAACACAUGGAUCCUACUGCUUCUGAACAUCCAGAGCUGCCAGGCUGUUCCGGGCGGAAGUAGUGGGGAGCGAGUCCACAUCCGUCUCCAUAUGCCGGAGGUAGUACGUCAGCAUACGCAUUACCACAAUGUCUACAAAUUGCCACGGAAAAUCCACCCAGUUCCGGCUCCACCACCCACAACGAUCGCUACGUUGCAUCCGAAUUACCCAGGAAAACCACAUAUUCAGCUCCUGGGCUAUACAACAUCAGUGGGUAAUUCUGGGCCAAUGGUUCCCAAUCUUAUGCAACUCAUGGGAACGGCGGCCACGCCCACGCCCACUCUCAUGCCAACGCCCACCAAUUUGAUGCCCAACUAUGGACCGGCUUUAUUCGAUAACUACAAUCAGGAAUCGGCUUUGAGUGCGACCACAACCACAACGACAAUGAGACCACCAAUGUCGAUGGCCAAACAGCAACAAUUGCUACAACAAAUUUUCACACCUCACAAAGCUGAAGACGAAGAUACUUCUGCGGAGGACAAUCAAUUGGAGAGCAACUCUUUGCUCAAUAAUAAUUUCCUGGAGGCCCUGCAGAGGGAAUAUCUUUCCAAAUUCGGUGGGCGACGCAAACGAAAGAAGUCCAGUUCGAAGCUUAGAAAUCAAAGCAAGGAAUAUACCAAUUACUUCAAGAGUAAACCGUAUUAUUAUCAGGACGAGGAUCUGUCGGAGAACUUUGAAGAUUACCAGGAUGAGCAGCCCCAGCACGAGGACUACGAGGAAGUGAUGGUCAUGAGUACGCCCAACAAAUAUGGUGGGUAUUAUCCCUCAGGAUCGGAGGAAGUGGAUCAGGAUCAUGCCCAGGGUUAUGACAGUGCUGUGGCAUUCAGCGGACAGGAUAACAGCAUCUCGCCAUCCAUACAAACAAUGGAGGAAUUUCUAGAUGAUGCUAAUAACCCAGUUUCUGGUUACGGUGGAGGCGGGAAGUUCGAUCCAUAUAGCAACUCGAAUGAUAUGAUUUCCCAGCCCUGGCAGCCCUCCUCAACAAUGAGCAACAGUUGGUCGAAACCCACUGCUAAUUCCUUUACCAAUUCCUCAAAGGGCCAUAAGCCAAGACCCAUUAGAUCCAGGGGUCGAACUAAACUUCGAUAUGUCAAGUUGAUCACUCGAAAGAAACGCAAAAAUCACAUUCGUACCAAAAGAUAUCGACCAUAAUAUUAGGUUGCCUCUGCAAAAUGGUUUUUGAGUUACUUUUUUUUUUAA